UGAGAGAUUCUUGUCUACUGUAUAGGAUAGGUUGAAAUAGCCGACAUUAUUUCCCUUAACUGCUACUCAGUAUGAAGAUCUGGCAUCGAUGGAUUGGCCUAUGAGGGAUGAAAGAUGCGAACCGACAACGUCGUCUUUCAUCGAUUGUUUUUCAUCCCGCCUAACCACAAUUUUUGUUGCCGAAGAGAGUUUCCCUCUGCAGUGCGGGAAACCAAUGAUCCCGAACAUUCGGGUAUUGAAAUGUAUCGGAGCUUCCAUUGACAACGAAUAGCUAUUUCCAAAGAGAAACAUGAGUAUGUGAAAUUAUCUCCUAUAAUGGGCUCAAUAUAGGUUAUGAAAUAAUUUGCCAAAAUUUUAAUAUGGGAUGAAAGAGUGGAACUAAAUGCCCAAUGGGUUACAAGAGACAUAAAAGGAAAUGGCCCGGUCCUUGGAAAGCUGUAAAAAGAUGUGUUCUCUUUUUUACCACUAUCUGUGUGAUUCCAUUAUUGUUGGUGCUUUUGGUUACAACGGACCAUUACUUGAGGCCUUUGAAGCACUCUUUUACAAGACAAGAGAAUGGCAUUGUUGACAAGUUCUUCUAUUUGAAACCGAGAAAGGAAAAGAUGAAUCAAACAGUUGUUAUAGCAAGACUCAAAAACAGACAAAAGCAUUUAUAUGAAACGUGUAGAGCACUAGGAUUAGAUAAAAUUGGUAAUGAUAGUUUGCAUCGGCCAAACGCUUGGGAAUUUUUGGUUAAUGAUGAACAUCAUUUAGUGUGGUGCAAUGUUUUUAAAGCUGCCAGUACAUCUUGGAUGUAUAAUUUCAAUCUUUUAGCAGGUUACAGUCCAAAAUUCUUGAAAAAAACAAAAGCCGUGCCUCUGAGCUUAGCGCGAAAAAAAUAUUCAAGACCGUCACCACAAGCCCUGAUGGAUGCAAUGGAAAACUCUCUAUCUUUCUUGAUCGUACGCCAUCCUCUGGAGAGGCUUCUAUCGGCCUAUAGAGAUAAACUACAAUACUCCUUACCUCACACCUAUCAUCGACAGUUGGGCAACAAAAUUAUAAUCAAGUAUAGAAAGAAGGAGCCGGCGAGAACAACACCAAAUUACAGAUGGCCGACUUUUCCAGAAUUCGUCGACUUUCUCUUAGAUUGUGUCAAGCACAACAGGCCUUUGGAUAUGCAUUGGACACCGAUCACUGAAUUCUGUACUCCGUGUUUGUUCAAAUUUGACGUGAUAGCACACACAGAAACGUUACAGGAGGAUCAGCAAUACAUAAUAGAGAAAGCGCAUCUUGAGAAUCUUAUAGAACCCCAAUGGAAAAAUGCAGGCCAUGGACCCACGUCGAAGCAAGUGAGGAAAUAUUACACUAAGCUGACUAAAACUCAAAUUAUGAAGCUUUAUAAUUUGUAUAGGUACGACUUCCAGCUGUUCAAUUAUUCCAUGAAAGGUUACUUGGAAUUAGGUCUUCCAGAUGAAAAAUUCUUUGAAGGAGACAUGAAACGGGUUGAAGAACUUCCCUCUUAUUGAAAUCUCAUCCAAGUGAAUACCAAUAGCCUAACACUUUUUUAGUGUUAUUUGGUUUUAAGAAUUAUCUACAACCUUCGAUCUAGAAUUCAAAGGAAAAUCGAUUCAAAAAUUGAAAUUUUUACUCUAACAUUAGAUUUGGUUGAGGUUUUGUGUUUAUUAAAUUUUCGCGGUAUGCAUUUGACAUUGUGUUUCAAGUCUAUUGCAUUCCAUACUAUCUCAAUAAAGAAGUGUCCUAUAAUUUGCUGGGGGUAGAACAAAUGAAGUAUACUUAUAGCCCAUUGGCAGGUUACACGGAUUUUUAUGCAAUGUAAAGUUUUAUUAGUUUUAGUUUAUUUUUUCUUCAAUUUUCAUUGUUAUUCCUUUCUUAAUCAAUCGAAUCAGUUGAUCAUUAUUUUUAUCAUUUCAUUAUCAUCCAUAUUGCUAAUCUGUUUUCACUGUAUCUCUUGUAUUUGAUUUUAGCCUUAAAGGACGUCAAUGAACUCAAUGAAACGUCGGCAUAUUAAUUGAUUAUGCUUUGCUUGUUGGUUCUCUUGUGCCAAAAAAUUAUUUGAAAAUUUGAUCAAAAUUUUUUACCAUAAGAUACAAUAAUAGAACGGAAUUAACCGAAUCAAGAAUCAUAAUAGUUUGAAAUAUUAUCACUUGGUUGCAAAAUCAGAAAUACCCAUUUUUCACUACCGCUUAUAAUCUAAAGUAUUUUCUACUACUACACCCGCACCAAUCACGAAUGAUUAUCAGGACUAAUACAUAUGGCAAACCUUGGACUAUAAAAUGUUCACCUAGAGGUAUUUAUUUGGAAUUCUUUUCCCGGAGUAUACUGACUUCAAUUUUAUAUACCUAGGCGUUUGAAUUGACAUGAUGAUUUCAAUCGUUCUCUAAAGAUGAACUGAUCGGGGGGGAGAAAGGUACUAAAUAUUAGGUGAACUGAUGAUACAGUAAUUCAUGUUAUAAUAUUUGGAAAUUUGAAAAUAUAUGAAAAUAUACUUGCAGCAUCAGUUCAGCUAUUCACUUGUAACAUCUUGAAUGUUUGCUGGCUUUUGAGCAGUUCUGAAAUUUUUUGAAAACUCCUCAGAGUCAAGCGUUAGAUACUUUAAAAAAAAUUGUUGCAUGGAUUGCGGAAGAGCGAUUUGAAUAAAUUUUUUAGAAUUUAGCAUGAGGUGCUUACAUUUUAGAUUAUCGAAAAUAAGUAGUGAUCAGAAAUGUGUUGUGCCCAGAUAUGAUUGUAUUAGUUGUAAAUAUUCAUAGAAUAUAUUAUUACGGGUUUUAAAUAAUCACUUCUUGGCAAAACAUAUUUUAACUGACUGAAUAAACGAGGCUUAAACCUCACCUUUGUAUGUUACGAAUCAUUACAAAUCCCAGAUGAUAGGCUGAUGUAAAAUAGUUGUACCCAUAGGAAGGACAUACCAAUGAUCUUUCAGGAGCUAUUGAUUGUGAUUAAAUUAAUUUUGUACAUUUCGAAAACUUUUAAUAGAUGAAACAUUGUCUCAAAAGAGUAUGUCCAGAACAUGUGUACAUCUGGCACAGAUUGAGAAGACAUUUUUACUGUUGAACGUUUCAGUGAUUGUGAUAUCUAGUUAAAGGUUUUAAUAAAAGCUCAAGCAAUAUAAUCUAUGUUUGGAAAAUCGACUUUAUUUAUAUUCAUUUCAUAGAUUCGUAUGUUCUUAUUGUUCGAAAUAUAUUCAUUAAAGUUGUUGAAGAUUU